CUUCCCAGCCUUCCCCGCGGGGGGGGGGGGGGGCGGUUCUGUGCCUCCCUCUCUCCUGCUGCCUGCGGCAGGGAUCCCCCUCCCCUAUCCCCACGCCUUCAAUUAUUGAUGGUGGCGGCGGCCGCCCGCGCCUGCCUCCGCGCCGCGCCGCCCUGCACCCCUCUGCGCUCCCCGUCUCUCCACAGCACUGCCGCAGAGGCUUCACCGCAAAGCGAAGCCCACACCUCCACUUCGGUCCGCCCCUCCUCUGGUCCGUCACGCCUGGCGGCUUCUCCGGGAGGCUCGGCGCUCCCUCCCACAGCAGCUCGCCGAGAGCAGGAGGCAGGCGGGGAGCGGAGGAGCCGGGAACGCCCCGCAGCCCAGUCGCUCCGCAGCUUUCCGCCGCUGCCCCGCCGCUCGGUUGAACAUUACGGCUUCACACGUACUUGGGCCUUUUCCACUGAUGUCUAACACACAGUAGGUGCUCUACGCGGUAUUCAGCAGGUCCCACAGCAGCAUAGCAGCAGCAUAACAGUAGUCCUUCUUUGAUACAAGAUGGAGGAAACAUACAAAGAUAGAACUUCAUUAAUGAAAGGGGCAAAAGAUAUUGCCAAAGAAGUGAAGAGGCAAGCAGUGAAAAAAGUGAAUAAAGCUGUUGAAAAGGCUCAGGAUGGCUACACACAGAGGUCCUACAAUCGAUUCCAGGAUGAGGAAGAUGAUGAUGAUUACUAUGUGCAAGGAGGAAAUUAUGGUGUUGAAGCUAAUGAUGAUGAAGGAUCAAGUGAAGCAACUGAAGGGCAUGAUGAAGAUGAUGAAAUUUAUGAAGGGGAGUAUCAGGGCGUCCCCAGCAUGGGAGGUAAAGAUGGCAUGGUGGCCUUAGGUCAGCCUAUGAGUGAUGAAUAUAAGGAUCGUCAUGAACUGGAAACAGAGAGAAAAGCUGAUGAAGAAGAGCUAGCACAGCAGUAUGAACUGAUAAUACAAGAAUGUGGCCAUGGUCGUUUCCAGUGGGCCCUCUUCUUUGUGUUAGGAAUGGCCCUGAUGGCUGAUGGGGUUGAAGUUUUUGUAGUUGGAUUUGUGCUGCCCAGUGCUGAAACAGACAUGUGUAUACCCAAUUCUGGAUCAGGAUGGCUUGGUAGCAUAGUGUACCUGGGGAUGAUGGUGGGGGCAUUCUUCUGGGGAGGCUUGGCAGACAAGGUGGGAAGGAGACAGUCACUCCUGAUAUGCAUGUCUGUCAAUGGAUUCUUUGCCUUCCUUUCAUCAUUUGUCCAGGGCUAUGGCUUCUUCCUCUUCUGUCGCUUGUUUUCUGGAUUUGGGAUUGGUGGAGCUGUGCCUACAGUCUUCUCCUAUUUUUCGGAAGUGCUUGCUCGGGAGAAACGAGGUGAACACCUGAGCUGGCUCUGUAUGUUUUGGAUGAUUGGUGGCAUCUAUGCUUCUGCAAUGGCUUGGGCAAUAAUUCCUCAUUAUGGAUGGAGUUUCAGCAUGGGCUCUGCCUACCAGUUCCACAGCUGGCGAGUAUUUGUGAUCGUCUGUGCACUGCCUUGUGUCUCUUCCGUGGUAGCCCUCACCUUUAUGCCAGAAAGCCCACGGUUCUUGCUGGAGGUUGGAAAACAUGAUGAAGCUUGGAUGAUACUCAAGCAAAUUCAUGACACAAACAUGCGAGCUCGUGGUCAGCCUGAGAAAGUCUUCACAGUUAACAGAAUCAAAACUCCAAAGCAGAUAGACGAGCUUAUAGAAAUAGAGAGCGAUACAGGAACUUGGUACAGGAGGUGUUUUGUUAGAAUUCGCACAGAGCUGUAUGGCAUUUGGUUGACAUUUAUGAGAUGCUUCAACUACCCAGUGAAGGAUAAUACCAUCAAACUUACAGCUGUAUGGUUCACCCUGUCUUUUGGCUACUAUGGCUUAUCUGUCUGGUUUCCCGACGUCAUUAAACAUCUGCAGUCAGACGAGUACGCAUCCCGAGUGAAACAUUUCCGCAAUGAGGAGGUUUCACAUUUCGUCUUCAACUUCACACUGGAAAAUCAGAUUCACAGCAAUGGAGAAUACAUCAAUGACAGGUUUAUUAUGAUGAAGUUUAAAUCAGUAACCUUUGAAGAUUCACUUUUUAAGAACUGUGUGUUUGAAGAUAUUACUUCACUGAACACAUACUUCAGGAACUGUACUUUCGUGAAUACCACCUUCUCCAACACAGAUCUCGAGCAGUAUAAAUUUGUUGACAGCGAAUUGAUAAAUUGCACAUUUUUCCACAUCAGGACAGGAUGCCAGAUUUCUUUUGAUGACGACUACAGUGCCUACUGGAUUUACUUUGUUAAUUUCCUGGGAACCUUGGCAGUGUUACCAGGGAAUAUUGUGUCCGCUCUCCUGAUGGAUAGAAUUGGACGGUUAACGAUGCUAGGUGGUUCCAUGGUUCUCUCUGGCAUCAGCUGUUUUUUCCUGUGGUUUGGGACCAGUGAAUCCAUGAUGAUAGGUAUGCUGUGCCUCUACAAUGGCCUCACCAUCUCAGCAUGGAACUCUCUAGAUGUUAUUACUGUGGAGUUAUAUCCUACUGACAGAAGGGCAACAGGUUUUGGCUUUUUGAAUGCACUAUGCAAAGCAGCAGCUGUGCUUGGAAACUUAAUAUUCGGUUCCCUUGUUGGUAUCACCAAAGCAAUCCCUAUUCUCCUUGCUUCUACUGUUCUAGUAUGUGGAGGUCUCGUAGGACUUCGUCUUCCUGACACAAGAACCCAGGUGUUGAUGUAAUGGGAAAAAGCCAUUUACUAUUUAUUUAUUUAUUUAUUUGUACAAAUGUCAACCCUCCUGACCAAUGGUGCAAAGGCUUCAGAUUCUCAAUGCUUAGUAGAGUACUCAAAUGUCAGAAAUCAAACCCAAAACGCAUUUGGAGUGGCAGAGAUUUAGAAACCUCUGUAUGAAAAUUUCAGAUUUCAAUUUUGUUUGCUUGCAUAUAUCACUAUUAAAAAUCACUUAAAACUGUAAAGCUACCUCUUAGAACACUUCUGGUGACAUGUCCAGGUAUGUAAAAACAAUACUGAUGAUAAGGUAUUUAAAAUGUGAGCAGUCACAUUGUUUAAAAAAUUCGGCAACAGCAUUUGGAGCUUUUGUACGAGUACAGACACACAAGUCCAUUACUUAGCAGUGUUGGUGCAGAGAAUGUUAAUGUAUCAAUGCACGCAGCAUUAAUUAGGAAACUCUACAGACCGCAUCAAGACUGAUAAUAGUAGGAUCUCUUUAAAAUGUUAACAUUAAAAAUUCAAUACAAAUACAUUUAUAAAAUUAUCCAAAAAAAGGGGUAGAUCCUCUGAUGGCAGAAGCUGGCAUUGCUUUCAGUGGAGCUAAGACAACAUGUAUAAGCUGAUGAACUAUCUACCCUUUCAAGUUUCAGAGAACAAAUCUGGUAUAACACAUAAGGAAAAAUUUAUCAGUAUUUUUUUCUAAUUAUGUCUGACAACAUUCAUUAGGUGGUUGAACCAUUGCCAAAGAAAUCAGGGUCUCAGAUAAGAUAUAGUAAGAUAGAUUUUUGGGGUUUUGUCAUUAAUUUGUCUCUUGCUCAUUUAUAUGAACUUGGCAUUGGGUAGUAAUACCUAUCACUGCAUUCUGUGUCAGUCAUUGUCUUAAUCAUAUUGAAAGAGUCACUAAAAGUCCAUAUAAGAACAUCAUUCAUUACAUUUAAAGUUCACUGUUUAUUUCCUGGUUCUAGAAGCUGCAUUUUUCAGUUACUAACAAAUGCGUGUGCUACACAUUGUAGCACCAGAAUGUUACCCCAAGAAGUGUUUUUCUGCUAUUAACAAGUGAGAAAGGUAGCUGAAUUAAAAAUACAUACGUAGGGAAAACUGAGUAUUUUUUUAAUGUUGAAAAUUUAAAUAUGAUAUAGUAAAAACAAAGUUUAGUAAUUGUUUUUAUUUUAGAAUAUAAAUGAUCAAGACUUAUGAGAUGAAGUAUUUUAUAUUUCAAUCUGACUUAAACAUGUCUUUUAAAUUUCUAAACAAUGGUAUAAAAAGGAGGAAGGAUUAUUUUUCACCAAGUACCAGGUUAAGAAAAAAAUGCUGGCCUUAUUUUUGCAUCUGUGGCUUCUGUCCACUAGUCAAAGCCUUAGUAUUAUUUCAAGGCUGUUUUCUCCAAUGAGAUUAUAUUUGAGCUCUCUUUCUCUGUUACAUUCAAUAGUAUGUGUCCACCUUCUUGUACUUACUGCACAACGUAUUUCGAAAUCUGAAGCCUCUGUACAUGCUUGGAGUAAACAUCAACAGCAAUGGUAAAAUAUUACAUUGUCUUGCUGUCCACUGUCCGCUUGAAGUAAUAUAUUCUGCCCAUCUCUGUAUGUUAUUCUGAAAACCACCCAGAUCCAACACUUCAUGCCGCCUGACCAGUAGGGUGAAAAUGUGCUACAGAAAAAUAAGGUUUGAAUUUUGAGGGCUAUGGUUAACACACUAAAAUCUCAUUACAUGCAAAAUUCUGCUGAUCUGAAAGCUGGUUCUUACCAUAAAACCUGAGUACAUCAUUAGUGUGCGAUCAAGUCUGGGUGAAGUAGAAUAUAACAAUAGGAAUCAGUAAAGGUGAAUAAGAUUCUCAACUACACAGACCUUGCAUGGUCCAGAAUUAAAAUGAAUGUUCUACGGUAGGAAAAGGGAAAAAAAAGAAUAGUGUUCAGGAAAGGAAAAAA